GGACACGGGCGACAGUAAGAGCACACCGCCUCCAACCAACCAGCGCGCUGCACAGCCGGAGCGCCGCUAUAAAACACCCCUUCAGGGAGCUCAUUAUAUAAAUAGGCCCCUCCCAUGUCUCUGACGUCACCGCAUUCGGCCUGGAAUAGUCGUGCGCUGAUUGGUCAGCUAUAUAGCCGGUCACGUUGCUACACUGUUUACAUGCUCAGCUGUUCGCCCCCUACAGGUUCCCAGAGUGCACCGCGCACAUCAAAACAAAUAACGAGUCCGGGCACACGGGCCUGUGUGUACGCCGCGCUCCGUGCCCGCCGCUGCCCUCCCCCCCCUGUGCCUCGCCACCCGACAGCUACCGGGCCGCGAACGGAGACUGCACGCUGUGGUGUGUGAGCGCACCGGCCUCUCAGGGGUGCAUUUAUGGUGGGUGCACGGAUGACCUGCUAGGACUGAGAUCUGCUGACACUUUCUUCUGUGCUUGGCGAAUGUCUUACCAAAUCAUUUAAAAGCAAUUGGUAGAACAUGGGAGGAGCAGUGAGUGCUGGGGAAGACAACGAUGAUCUGAUUGAUAACCUAAAGGAAGCACAGUAUAUACGCACUGAAAAAGUAGAGCAAGCCUUCAGAGCAAUUGAUCGAGGGGAAUAUUACCUGGAAGGAUACAGGGACAAUGCUUAUAAAGACUUGGCUUGGAAGCAUGGCAACAUACACUUGUCUGCACCUUGUAUCUAUUCAGAAGUCAUGGAGGCUUUAAAGCUUCAACCUGGAUUGUCUUUUCUUAAUCUUGGAAGUGGAACUGGAUAUUUAAGUACAAUGGUGGGCUUAAUAUUAGGUCCAUUUGGCAUUAACCAUGGAGUUGAGCUUCAUUGUGAUGUGGUGGAAUAUGCCAAGGAAAAAUUGGAGACUUUUAUUAAGUACAGUGAUAGCUUUGACAAAUUUGAGUUUUGUGAGCCUAAUUUCGUUGUUGGAAAUUGUUUGGAGAUCGCAUCAGACAGUCCACAAUAUGAUCGGAUUUAUUGUGGUGCUGGUGUCCAAAAAGACCAUGAAAAUUACAUGAAAAUUUUAUUGAAAGUUGGAGGAAUUUUAGUUAUGCCUAUUGAAGACCAGCUUACGCAGAUCCAGAGAACCGGACAGAAUACAUGGGAAAGUAAAAACAUUUUAGCUGUUUCUUUUGCCCCCUUGAUGCAACCAAGUAAUAACGACAAUCACAAAUCUGAAACUGUGAAGUUGCCUGUGUGUACUGUAAGAAGCCUACAGGACUUGGCUCGUAUCUAUAUUCGCCGUACACUUAGAAACUGCAUAAAUGAUGAAAUGCAGGCCAAAGGAAUUCCUCCAAAAGCCCCUCCAAAACGGAAAAGGCGGCGUUGCCGUAGACGUCGCAUAAACACCUAUGUAUUUGUAGGAAAUCAGCUAAUUCCUCAAGCCUUAGAUAGUGAUGAUGAUGAAAAGAUAGACGAGGACAGCAAAGAAGAAGAAAAGGAUCACAAUGAAGCUUUAAAAGCUGAGGAGCCUCCACAAAACCUUCUUCGCGAGAGAAUUCUGAGCUUACCUCUCCCGGAAUCUUUAAAGGCAUACUUGACCUAUUACAGAGAGAAAUGAUGAUGCACUUGAAUAUGAAACUUUAUUGCCUGCUGAUAAUUUUUUUUCUUGACAAUGUAGCAUUUGUUAAUAAACAAUUUGCCAGUUAUACACUGCUCCAAAAAAUAAAGGUUACACUUAGAUAACACAUCCUAGAUCUGAAUGAAUGAACUAAUCGUAUGAAAUACUUUUGUCUUUACAUAGUUGAAUGUGCUGACAAAAAAAUGACACAAAAAUUAUCAAUGGAAAUUAAGUUUAGCAACCCAUGGAGGUCUGGAUAUGGAGUCACACUUAAAAUGAAAAUGGAAAACCACACUACAAGCUGAUCCAACUUUGAUGUAAUGUCCUUAAAACAAGUAAAAAUGAGGCUCAGUAAUGUGUGUGGCCUCCACGUGCCCGUAUGACCUACAUACAACACCUGGGCAUGCUCCUGAUGAGGUGGCAGAUGGUCUCCUGAGGGAUGUCCUCCCAGACCUGGACGAUAGCAUCCGACAACUCCUGGACAGUCUGUGGUGUUGGUGGAUAGAGGGAGACAUGAUGUCCCAGAUGUGCUCAAUCGGAUUCAGGUCUGGGGAAAGGGUGGGCCAGUCCAUAGCAUCAAUGCCUUUCUCUUGCAGGAACUGCUGACAUGCCCCAGCCACAUGAGGUCUAGCAUUGUCUUGCAUUAGGAGGAACUCAGGGCCAACCGCACCAGCAUAUGGUGGGUCUGAGGAUCUCAUCUCGGUACCUAAUGGCAGUCAGGCUACCUCUGGAAAGCACAUGGAGUGCUGUGUGGCCCCCAAAGAAAUGCACCCCACACCAUUACUGACCCACCCCCAAACUGGACAUGCUGAAGGAUGUUGCAGAACGUUCUCCACGGCGUCUCCUGCUCAGUGUGAACCUGCAUUCAUCUGGGAAGAGCACAGGACGCCAGUGGUGAAUUUGCCAAUCUUGGUGUUCUCUGACAAAUGCUAAUCGUCCUGCAUGGUGUUGGGCUGUAAGCACAACCCCCACCUGUGGACGUUGAGCCCUCAUGCAGUCUGUUUCUGACCAUUUGAGUGGACACAUGCACAUUUGUGGCCUGCUUGAAGUCAUUUUGCAGGGCUCUGGCAGUGCUCCUCCUUGCACAAAGGUGAAGGUAGUGUUCCUGCUGCUGGGUUUUUGCCCUCCUAUGGCCUUCUCCACGUCUCCUGAUGUACUGGCCCAUCUCCUGGUAGCGCCUCUAUGCUCUGGACACUACGCUGACAAACACAGCAAACCAUCUUGCCACAGCUUGCAUUGAUGUGCCAUCCUGGAUGAGCUGCACUACCUGAGCCACUUUGUGUGGGUUGUAGACUCAGUCUCAUGCUACCACUAGAGUGAAAGCACUGCCAGCAUUCAAAAGUGACCAAAACAUCAGCCAGGAAGCAUAGGAACUGAGAAGGGGUCUGUGGUCACCACCUGCAGAACCACUCAUUUAUUGGGGAUGUCUUGCUAAUUGCCUAUAAUUUCCACCUGUUGUCUGUUCCAUUUGCACAACAGCAUGUGAAGUUGAUUGUCAAUCAGUGUUGCUUCCUGAGUGGACAGUGUGAUUUCACAGAAGUGUGACUGAUUUGAAGUUACCUUGUGUUGUUUGUGUUCCCUUUAUUUUUUUGAGUAGUGUAUCUUUCAGCAACAAAUCCAGUGAACACCUAGACGGUCUUAACUCCAUUCAUUAAUUUACUGUAGUUUGUUUUUUACAAGCUCUAUAUUUUCUGUACAUUUUAAGAUAAAUUGUACACAUAUUUUUAACUGUAACAAGUUACUGCUUUGUGGUAUAUCUUGCUCUUUGGGGAAAGCAUUCUUAAGCAGCCUGUAUUCUAAUACAAGGCAUAGCACAUUGGAGAAAGGUCUGAAUGGUCUAAUAGCCAUUUCAAUCAUUUUAAAACACAAGUCACAAUGGGACAUUCCAUUCUAAUUUGUUUAAUUUUGUUAGAGAUAUAUAUAUAUAU